GCGGGCCAACAGGAACUAUUACGCUAUGGAAAACAGAUUGCCUGAAGUUCAAAUAACAAGUGUCGCGUAAUGGCGGCCCGUGGGGCACAUGUGUGUGGCCAGGUAGAGGAUGGAUACAUACAUACUCUCCCAGGACUUUGUCAACGUGGCAGACCUCCCCACGACUGUCUCAGUGGUAGGCGGAGGGUACUCAGGUAGUCAUGUACGCAUAUCACGCGGGGAUGUGUUGUUACUGAGGUCACACCUACCUAAAGAAGUUACUCUGGCCUUCCAUAGCGAGGAUACGGGUGCUCGGAAGGAAAUACCGUGUUCCCUUGAUUCUUGCUUGAAGUUCGUUGUCUUACCUCCUAAAAACAAGGGCCAGCUUUGUGACAGUCACGAAUCUCUGUACACAUCAGUGAGCGACCUACUUAAGGAUUGUCCGACCUAUUUUCAAGCCACUGAGGAUUACGAUGAUCCCUAUUUACCUGGGUUUUCAGUUAGACAAGGAGACAAGUUCCGCUUUCUGCGUACAUUCAAGGACCCGCGAGAUGACAAAGUUCGGCUGGAGUGCAAGGACAAUAGUGGCAAUGUCAUUAGACUGUCCAGUGAUUGCAAGGGCUACUUUCGCGUCCUCGAGGAUCGGUCGGUGUAUACUUUGCGGGAACUGGUCAAUCAGGCCCGGGUGAGCAGACGACUUCGGUUGUCCACAGAUAACGUGCAACUCCAGCCAAUAACAAUUAAGAGAAUAAGUUCCACAGGGAGUGCAGAGCAGAAUCUCCCCGAAAAGGAACAACCGCCUUCCCCCUUAGUUCAGAUGCCAUUAACAUUUAAAGGGGUGAUACACUUGCGGAAGCCGGAGGAGAUGCUGGAAGUGUCGCCCUGGGGGGAGUUGGAAACCAGAUGGAAAAUACCUAGCAGUGUCAAUUUGGAAGUGAGACCAUUUUCCCAAAAUGACUAUGAAGUGCCAGUGAAGCAGAAACUUGUUUCUAUGAAAAUCGACGACUUUAUUUCAACAUAUGAGGAUGAUUUCCCAGUGGUUGCAACGAUAGUGAAUUAUCCUCAGAUUCAUGCAGAGUUGACAAACCAUUUAAAGAAUGUGUCGGAUGUCAUAGUGCACAAAGUGAAAAACGCUAAGCGUCUUCUAGCAAAGACUAGGACCAGGCACUUCAGCAUCGAUGGAAAUGUUAGAGCAUCCUUUUCCGAGUUUCCGAAAUCUUUCAGGUUCAUUCGUGAUUUGUUACAGUGUCCGCCUGGUACGGAGGUACGGGUAAUGGGGGAUAUUUUCUCGGAUUUUCCUAAACCGUUUUGUUUAAAGUAUGGAGACAUCCUGCGACUAGUCAGCAAGGAACCAGAGAAUUUUAAGAUGAAGAAAAGUUCUUUCAAACAAUGUGAAGUUAUCCGAUUCCAAAGGAUAGGGGACAAUGGGUUCUCUAUCCCCAUACUCUUGCCGCCAGAUCUGGAAAUCAAGACGAUGGAGAUAACCAGUCUGCAUUCCCACCGUCCUCAUUUUUUAUCAGAUAUUAUUGCAGGUGCUAACAUUCCCUCAAGAGUAGUAACUGUGUUACAAGAAGAGAGUGAGAGUAGUCUCCCUUUACCAAGCCGGUUUCGCCUUUUGACAGUUGUUUCUGAUGAGGUGCUAGUCAUAUCCCCAGUUGAUUAUUCUCAAUCACAGGCCAUAAGUCCAAUCCUGGAAAGUUGCAUUGAAAUUCCAAAGAGACACAUGGUGCACUUUGCCUUUUGCAGAAAGCUGAGUUUUCCAGACAAUUAUUUUGUCUUUCCAAGAUCUCGCCAUACUGUUUCCAUUCGUGUGGAAAAGAUCACCGCUGAAAUGGCAGAUGAAAUGAGGAACAAAUCAGACCCAUAUGAGGAUGUCGCCUACAAUCCAACUCAAACACCAAUGAGGCUUCCAAGGUCCUUUUCACAGGGCGCCAUAGACAAAGUGAAGAAGCGGAAGAAGAACCCCCUGCAGCGACUGAGCCGCGCCCUCAACCCGAUAAACUGGAGACGUAGCCACGCCCCUGCCACCCUCUCUCGGCUCUCCCAGGAACCUUCGCCACCGACAAACGACUACGACGCGCCACCACGGAGUCCCGGGGCCCGCAGCAAUGCAGAGGAUGACCCGUACGAACAAAUAAACAUCCAGAUAGGAGCCAGCCUUGCCUCAUCCAACCAAACAUACAGCCAUACCGACAUUGCCUCAGCAAGCGAAAAACGCAACAGUUUCUAGUGCUAAGCGUCACGGAGUCGCUAGACACUAGCAAUGUCAUAUCCCACAGAGGAGUAAUCCCAAGAACAACCGCCAUAUGACGACUUGGGCUAAUGAUGAAUUGUAUGUAAAUAGUACCGUAAGAGCAUCUGCAGACCAAACAGUCAACCAUGAGUCAACCAUACAAUACACCAUGCUGGCAUAGUGUGUUUGUCCAAUCAGUGUGUAGUCAGGUUCAGUAUAACGGACUCUUACAGAUGCAAUCAGUUCGUCUACGUAAUUGUCAUACCAAUACAUUCUGAUGUAUGGAAUAUGUUUGGUUUCAGCGGCAUAUUUGUUGUAGCCGACUUUUGUCCAGACUUUUUGUUACUGCAGCAUUUUAGU